CUGAACUGUGUACACGUUUGUUAAUAAUUUUGCAGGUGCGUCGAUGUACGCGAAUGAAACAUUUUCUUUUCCUACAACAGUGGAAUAACAUUUUCAUAAAAUAAAGAAAAAGUUUAUUUGUAUGAAGUGACUCACAAUACUCGUUGAUAUAACAUUUAUUUAUAAUAAUGCAAAGUGUAAUUAAUUCCGUCAAGGGCACAGCCCUCAGUGUUGCAGAAUAUUUAACUCCAGUUUUAAAGGAAAGUAAAUUUCGAGAAACCGGAGUUUUAACACCUGAAGAAUUUGUGGCUGCUGGAGAGCAUUUAGUACAUCAUUGUCCAACUUGGCAAUGGGCUAUUGGAGAUGUGGAUAGAAUAAAACCAUAUUUGCCAAAAGAUAAACAAUUCCUACUUACUCGUAAUGUUCCUUGUACUAGAAGAUGUAAACAAAUUGAAUAUUGUGAUGAACAAGAAAGAAUUAUAGAAGCAGAUGAUCCAGAGGGUGGUUGGGUUGACACGCAUCAUUAUGGCAUUAGUGUUGGAAGUGUAGAAGAAAAAGUUUCUGAAAUGACUUUGGAUGAGGCUAAACCAAACUCUUCCACAAAUAUCGCUGGAGACAUAGAAGAUGAUGAUGACGAUGAAGAAGCAGCUGACAUGGAAGCCUUCGAAGUCAGUGGAAUGCUUGAUGAACAAGAUGAAUAUACUGCAGAAACAACAAAGAAGGUUACCAAAGAAAAUCAAGAAGCAAGUGCAGAUGGUGAAAUUAUAAGAACCCGUACAUAUGAUCUACAUAUUACUUAUGAUAAAUAUUAUCAAACUCCAAGAUUAUGGAUUUUUGGAUACGAUGAAAAUCGUAAACCUCUAACUGUAGAAGAGAUGUAUGAAGAUGUUAGUCAGGACCAUGCUAAGAAAACAGUUACCAUGGAAACACAUCCUCAUAUGCCAGGACCACCAAUGGCAUCUGUUCAUCCCUGCAGACAUGCUGAAGUCAUGAAAAAGAUAAUAGCAACUGUUAUGGAAGGUGGCAGGGAAUUGGGAGUUCAUAUGUAUCUAAUAAUAUUUUUAAAAUUUGUACAAUCUGUUAUUCCAACUAUUGAAUAUGAUUAUACUCAGAAUGUGACAUUGACUGGCUCAAGUUAAGUAUGAGGUAGUUUAGAAUUUGCAAUAAUAAGUUUGUAUCAAGUCUUUUUAAACUAAAAAAUAGAUUUAGUAAUUUGAAAGAUUUUUUUAAAUACUAUGUACAUUUUUCAACGUAAUCCAGUAUAAAUCUACCCAUAUCAAAUAAGUAAAAAUUAUAAAUUCAUUGUAUCAGACUUAACAUCGUAAGCGUCAUUCUUUCUUGCAUUUAUAGCGAACGUUAAGUAAGAACAUUUAUCGAUAGUAUUUUUUUUCAGACUCACCUUAUACAAUUUAGACAAAUCAUAAGCAAAUGAAACUAUUACAAAAUUCAGUACAUCUAUAAAAAUGUAUAGCAGAGCCUUAAAAAAAAUUAAAACAAUGACGAGAUCGUCUUACAUGUUUUUAUACAAAUAAUUUUAUUAUGUUUUAACCACAAAAAUACUUCAUUGACAACAUCAAUGAAGUCUAAAAAUUUUUUGUAUCAUCUAUAAUUGUAUGCUAAUAUCUUAAAUGUUUCGGUUUCUAGAUUGCAUCUAUGUAUAUUAUUUGUUUUACUGUCUGAUAAAAUAUUCAUAAACUCAGUUCACAUUAUGAA